AUGAGACUUACGGUCAUAUGUGUUGUGAUUCUGUGCCUUUCAUGCUCGGCAAACGCCAACCUUGACAUUGGCGCAGGCCUAUCCCAGAAGGCCGCGCUGGUGGGGGGCAUGUUCAAUGCCGCUCAAAAGCAGAUUGGCGCCAAGCUCCACGAGGGUUUCAACCACGUCGCCAUCACCCUCGGCAGCGGCGUGUCCGCCGCGCAGGCGGUCCAGGGCGCCGCCACGAACGCCGCCCACAUGGGCCUGGGCUUUGCCCAACGCAAGGCAAACCAGACUGCCGGCGUCGCGCUGGGGCUCGCGCAGCUCGGCGUGGGCGCUGCGCAGACGGCCCACUCCAGCGUGCUCGGCAACCUGUACGACGCCGCUGACGCGUUCCUGAAGAAGCCCACCGUGGCCGCGCCCGCCAACCUGACGCAGGAUGCCGAUGGCUACUGCUUCCCGGAAUUCAAGGGCCCCGAUUUUGGCCUGCCGCGCCCCAGCUGUGCCCAGGGCUACCACAUGACGCCCAUCGGCAAGUGUGUCCAGAAGACCUACCGCAAGAUUGAUGUGUGCUUCAAUGGCCCCAAGUGCAUGGCGCCCUUCAAUGAGACCGGUACCCCCUCAUGCUUUGACGACAAGGUGAUGCAGGUCAUCACUGGCCUGCUGGCCAUGAAGAAGUCUGGCAUCGCCCUCCCGUUGUCCAUCGCCCCCGCGCUCGCCGAGUUUGGCCAGGCCUCCGCCAACGUGCCCGUGACUCUGGCCAAGGAGAGCCUGGAGCUGCACCUGGGCCUGGCCGCCAAGGCGCUGGGGGUGGGCAAGUCCGCGCUGGGCCUCAGCGAUGGCGGCGACCUGAUCGGCAUGGGCUCGAAGCUCAUGACCGUGGACUGGCCCGCCCUGCCCGACUUCAACAAGCUCUACGACACGGUGUCCAAGGCCGUGCACCAGGUGCCCAGCAAGGCCCUGGACGAGGCCACGAAGGUGGCUCCCAAGUGCAUCCGCAAGUGCUGCAAGCAGGAUGUGCAGAUCGACACCGCCUUCGCCGCACCUACCUGGGGCUGCGCUGCCGGCAAGAAGAUGGACACGAUCGGCUUCAAGUGCGUCGGCGACAAGCUGGGCUACGCCAAGUGCCCCGCAGGCCUGACCAGCUGCUUCCUGGCCAGCUGGCACCGCCCCCUGUGCGCCGUCAAGGCCGAGAACUGCAAGAGCCUGGAGAUCAUGGCGGCCCUGCACAAGCUCAAGAAGCAAUCGUGCCCCAAGGCCUAA